AUGGCGACCAACUUUGACGAGCCUGCGUCCGUCGUGAAACCCCCGAGCAAACUUGCGCAUGUUGUCCUUCGUACGAACAACCUACAAAACAUGGUGCGCUUCUACGCUGACUUCCUCGGCGCGCACAUCGGGUAUGAGAACGAGAUGAUAGCAUUCCUUUCCUACGACGACGAACAUCACCGCAUUGCCCUCAUCCAAGCGCCCGGAACCCAGGCUAAAGCCCGAGGUACUUGCGGCCUCGAGCACAUUGCCUUUGCCUUCGACUCAUUGUCCGAUCUUCUGGUUUCUUAUCGACAACGUAAACAGAAGAACAUCUUACCGCUUUGGUCUGUCAACCAUGGACCCACCACGUCUAUCUAUUACCGUGAUCCUGAUGGCAAUGAGAUCGAGACGCAGGUCGACAAUUUUAAGAAUGCACAUGAUGCCACGGAGUUUAUGAAGACCAAGGCUUUCGCCGAGAACCCCAUAGGUGUAGACUUUGACCCGGAAGACUUCAUCACGCGUCUGCAAAACGGAGAAAAGGAGGAGGCUCUGAUGAAACGUCCUGAAAUUGGACCUCGUGGUUUACCGAACCACAUGCUAUAG